AUGGCUGUAUAUUCGACGGCAGUUUUCUUGUCUACUACUGUGUACUUCGGUCUUAUUUGCAGAAUGAUAUCCGAUCGAUUUAACAAACUAACAGAAUUAAUUUUGAAAAUGGCAGAUGGAACAGUAACAAUGGAACAUCUUUAUUAUAUUCACAAUCUUCAUCAGAAAUUGUGCGAUGUAGUGCUGGAGGCUGAUGACCUUUUCAGAGGAUUUUUGUUUAUAAAUUUCAUUACGUUAUUGCCGGAAAUGUGUGGUAGUCUUUAUAUAUACAUGUUUCACAGUCAAGAACUUGAAGAAGAAGCCAGAAAAGCUCUGCUGACAUUUGCUAUUGAUGAUUUUAUUCAUUAUCUGAUUUUAUGUGUGGAUGCAUCAAGAAUACCAACUUCCGCUCACGGAUGUUAUGAUUUCUUGUCUCACUUAUCCAGUAAACUUGAAAAUGACGAACAGCAAGCAAAGAUUGCAUUAAUGCUAGAAAGAUUAAGUGGUCCCACUAUUGGAAUUACUUGCCUCGAUUUAUUCGUCAUUACCAAAGGGACAAUUGUAAAUGAAGGCCAGGAACUAAGAUUGGGUACACGACAACUGGGCGACGGCCAAGUGGACGAUUCACAAUGGGCGAUAGUCAUCUGGGCGAUGGAAACUUAA